AUGACCGUUGUCGAGAACAUUAGGUGGUGCGAAUUACUAGAGGACACCAUUGUCACAGCUCAACAUGGUAAUGACGGCAACCGAAUUGCCACGGCAACCGAGACUCUACAACAACUGACACGGCAAUUCGUCAAGGUGCUCAAUGAACGUGCCAUGCUUUUAGCCAACAGUGCACAGUUUGAUACAGCGUUACGUGAUGCAGCAGCAAUAGUCGCCUUAUUACCGGGAUCAGCACUUGGAUACUUGUGUAUGGGAGUCGUGUAUUGUCAACAAGGCCAUCAUGCAGCAGCGAUUUCCAUAUACGACCAAGGCCUUGAAGCAGUGCCUGAAUCCGAUGCCUAUUAUCAGCAACUCCACCAACAUCGAUUGACAGCAGUAGCCAACAGCAACAAACGCGUCGAUUUCAUCAGCCGGUUGCCAUUCGAUGUUGUCGUUACCAACAUUAUACCAAGGAUGGACCAGCGAGCCUAUUUGGAUCCGGAUGUGUUGUAUGAGCCUCUUUACGUAUCACAUACAUGGCAGGAGCGUAUCUUGCAGCAAUCCAAGGGCUUGAACUUUCAAUUUUGUAAGCAGGUCGAGACGUUUAUUAAGGACCAUACACAACUCAUUCAAUUUGCACCCUAUGUUCAGACCUUGAGUGGUUGUCUAUUGGACGUUCAUUUGGAUGAUCUCUUUUCUCGAGCACACUUUUCCAAUCUAAAAGAACUCGAUAUAUUCUGCCCUCAUGGUUUAACGCCUCGCCUUCCAUUGAUCCAUGGAUUACAAAUGAUUGCUGAUUCACUUACACACUUGGGCAUUUAUCAGUGUCCUGAACUUGAAUUGCGUGAUAUCCUGGAGACAUGUCCCAAUCUUGUAUCCCUGAAAACAAUGGAUGUGGAUGCAGGUAUGCCAUUAUCAUCAAGUUAUCCCAAGAUCAAGCUCCUUGAACUCCACGAACAACGAGAGCAAGCCCACACGCAUGAACACAUGGUCGAUGUCCUAAGUCGAUUUCCUUCCUUACGUAUGCUGAAGAUUACACCAAUGUGCACCUCCACUGUUUUGCCUAUCCUACGCCAGCAUUGUCCUUAUCUAGAGGCUAUUUCUUUGCGGUGCACGAGCCCGGAUUUUGGCGUAACUACAGCAAAUGAUCAUCAAGAUCGAAAAGGGAUCACAUCAGCUUAUUUGGGAGGUGCCGAUUUUUAUCAUCAAGAUGACCUGAUCGAGUUCUUAUACAUGCAGAGAGAGUCAUUGGAGAUCCUGGAUUUUCACGGCAGACUUCAAGUCAACAAUGCCUUUUGGGAAAUAUCAGCUGAUGGGCGAGUUCAACCUCGUAAUACAAGUUCACACCCUGAGAAGGACCCGUUAUCUCCAUCAUCAUUUACGCGAUUGGUUGACCUUCGGUUUACGAGUAUUAUUCCAUCUUCAAGUAUGCCUAUGCUACUGUGGAUUGUAUUGAACGCACCCAACCUCAACGCCAUCCAUAUCUAUAAUUCAAAUUUUCAACCAUCUGUCGCAAACGCCAUUAUCAAAUUGGGUCAUCUCCAAAAGGUACAAAUCGAAGAGGACUACAUUAUGGGACACACAGACGACAAUAUCAUCGACGGCUACUACCAUGGAAUUCGCCAAUUCUUUGAGCAUCAUGUUGCCUUGGGGGAUCACUCAACACUCAAACAUGUGGUUGUGCACAUGCCCUUUGUGAAUGCAUUUGAACAAACAUGGUUGCCUUUAUUAUCACAAUUGAGAUGCCUCAAGGUCCUUGAAUUACGCGGUAAAAUCGCUUAUGGGGAUUGCACCCUUGCCGAUAAUUGCAUACCCAUCAUGAAAAGGAUACGCCGAGACUGCCCCGCUCUCGAAACGUUGAUGGUUAAUGGGAAGGUGCCGAUUUGGUUAGCGGACUCAUAG